CAAGGAUUAUACCUCCCUAUAAUCAAGAGUGUUGUUUCUACCGCCUAAACACAUAGAUCAGGGAACAAACAGUAUGGUGAUUUAGCCUUGGGAAGUUUGAAGUUUGAAGUCUAUUUAUAAUCCAUCCAAACAAUACGCUACAUUACCUUGUAGUUGUAAGCAGUCUUCAGUCUUCAGUAAUAAGGAUAAGAGCUCUGUGAUAGGCUCUGAAGAUGAAUCCAAGCCUUAUAAAAGAGAGGGAAGCGUUUUUGAAGAGAGCCAUGACAAUUCCUGUUGUUGAGAAACCAAAGUCUAAUUUUUCUGGUACUUCAGAGGAAAAAGGUGCUGUGACUUCUGUACACCGCCGUGGACCUCCUUCAGUUUCUACUGUUUCGGAAUUGCGAUCUCUCGAAUUAAAACCUCAAUUGCAAGGGAAGUUUGCUGUUUUAUCUCGAAUAGUGAAGUACAUGAAGCAACGCCAUUUAGAAGGCGAUACUCAUCCAUUAUCUGUAGAAGAAAUUUUGGAAGAAGCUGUACUUCAUGACACACCACCUGCUACCGUAAAAUGGCUUGAGGAAGAAGCUCUACCAAAUAAUCCCAAAAUUCGUGUUACUACGGAUGCAAAGUUCGUAUUUAAACCGAGAUAUGAUAUUCGUACCCGUAAGGAUCUUUACCAACUUCUACGUCGUCAGGAGUUGAAGGGUUUGGGGGGAAUUUAUCUAGAUGAUUUGACUGAAUCUGUUCCUGAUGUUGAAAAAAUUCUCAAUAGUUUUGGUGACCAUGUGAUUCGCAUUGUCACACCACACGAUAAGAAAACCAUCUUGUUUUACAACGACAAAUCGUUCGAUUUAAAUGUAGAUGAAGAAUUUAAGCAACAAUGGCGAUCGGUCAGUGUGGAGGGUGUUCAUGAAACAAAAAUUGAGGAGUAUUUAAAGCGUAAUGGAAUCUCCUCAAUGUCUGGUGAUCGUAAAAAUUUCAAUCUGCUUUUGUUGUGUAUUUUAAAGUUACCUGUACAAAGAAAGAAACCAGGACAAAAACGUACCAUGAAUCGUCCAGUUCAUAUUAAAGACAAUGAACAUGUGAACGGAAUUUUAGAAGACUUUUCUGAGAAAUUAGCCAAAACUUCUUGAUCAGUUUUGAUUUUCAUAAGUAACAUUCAAAUGUACAGUGACUUUAUAUGUAUAAUAAUUUUCACUUAUCCUUGAUGGUCUGUAUAUUUUCUUCAUAUGAUUGCAUCCUGGCAAAACCCAGUAUGUGUUGGAUUUUUUUUGAUAUGUUUAAGGAUAUGGGUCUUUUAAAUAAAGAAGUCGACAAAAUACUUUCUGUACAAAUAAAUAAAGUUUGUAAUUUUCUAAAACUUUUACCUUGAGUUUUUGUUUGAGUAGAGAUGCAAUUUUUUAAAUUUACUGGAAAGCUGCGAAAAUCCCUAACAUUGAGGUUUUUGCUAUUUUAUUUUAUGAACCAACUCGUUAUCCGCUGCUAUCUUGUUGACAAUCAUCGAAAUGGGAAAAUGUAUAUGUUGGGAGCAAUAUUCAAACAUAUAACCAGUCUCUUCCUACUGUGUAGCAUGCGUCAAUCAGAAAAUGUGGGAAUCAAGAUAGUAUUGUAUUGUAUUAGUUGAAGAUGUUACACUACAGAGUUGGGUACUGCUCAAGAAUCAAAAAUGCCGUAAGGAAUUAUAAAGAAUGACGUGGCAAUAAAGUAUUGCUAUCAAUAAAUCAUUUUUACCAUUGUGACAAUCUGUUAGCCAUGAUACUUGACUUUCCUGAUCACCUUUUUUAUCCAUUGUUUAAUUUCAUUAUUAUUAUAGUUUUGCCAAUUGUUGCUGACCAAAAUCCGUACUCAAUUUCUUUCCAUUUGACAUAUUGGUAUGUCGAUUGUCACUAUGUAGAUCUUCAGUAAAUAAUACGCAUUUCGGAAGAUUUGAUACAAACUUAGAAUUUUUGAUGAUUUGUGUUCGCUUAAUGGCAAUUAAUAAACGUAGUACAACAGAAUAGAUUAUGAUAAUUUUAAUUCAUUAAGAAAGCGUAUUGGAUGAUAACUUGCCUAACGGGAUUCACAAAAAAUAUGAAACAUUUAUGUUUCACUGUGAUCUGCAAAUAUAACUUAACUUGAAGAUAUCCUCUAUUAUGAUUCUCAAGUCUAAAGUUUAUAUUAUUGUGCUUAGAUUAGCGGUUCUUCAAAACUUGGUCAUCCCUG